AGAGCUAGAGAAACAGUGUUCGUAAACGCUCUAAGGCACACAGCUUCCGCAGAACAGCACGUUUAGCAUCACUUGAAUACGUUUUUUACUUUGGAAACAUCAAAGACAAGCGAAAUGAAUUCAGAUAAAGAUCCGUUCUUUGCAGUGAUCAAGUGCGAGAUGUGCAUCAAUCCGGCUACCAAUUUUUUGGUCGGCCUCUGCCAGCGUUGCGAGAAAAUUUGGGCCAAGCGUCCGGAGUACAUGCCGCUGACCAACCAUCGCAUAAUGGCUGCCACGCUUGCCAGUGUGCGCCAGCCGGAUGCCCCCAUGGAUCCCACCUUCCAGAAGGCCAUGAUAAGUGCAAGGAUGAAGAAGGCCCAGAAGAUCGCGCUCUUCCACAAGAUUCGUGGGAAUUUCACCAACAGCGUGCUCGUCGACACUGACUCCAAAAUGGCAGUGCCCUUUACGUUUGAGGACAACUAUUGGGAUAUUCCCGAAAUCAUGGAUGAAGACGUUGUGGCUUUUCAGCGCAAUGUCGAUCUCCUGGCUGACAUGGUGCCAGACAGAACGCAUUCAAACAAGGACAAGGAUGCCACAGACAAGGAGAAAGAUCCCACAGACAAGGACAAAGAUACCACAGACAAGGAGAAAGACACCAUAGACAAGGACAAAGAUGCCGCAGACAAGGAGAAAGAUCCCACAGACAAGGACAAAGAUACCACAGACAAGGAGAAAGACACCAUAGACAAGGACAAAGAUGCCGCAGACAAGGAGAAAGAUGCCAAAGACGAGGACAUAGAUGCCAAAGACAAGGACAAAGAUGCCAAAGACAAGGUCGAAGAUGCCAAAGACGAGGACAAAGAUGCCAAAGACAAGGUCGAAGAUGCCAAAGACGAGAAAGAAGACUCUGGAUUGCCCGAAUAACACGUGGUGGCCAAAUAUUCCAAAGAAAAUGUAAACCACAGUAUUAAAACAAUCAUUAUAGAACAGAA